AUGUCAUCCUCGGAGGGAGGCGUGGUGUUCGAGAGCGGAUUGAGCGCCAUCUCUGCUUUCAGGAGGUCAUCGUCUUGCCCGGUGUACCGGGAGAACCACCCGCAUCGGGAGCAGAUGCAGCCGAACCACCGCGCGCGUCACUCAUGCUCAGCUGCCACUAUCUUCCCUGCGGGCCACUACCUCAGUACCCCAUAUCUGAGUACGCGAGCGCGCGAGUAUCGGAGCCUGGAGCCCACCAGCACUCUGUGCGGCGAGACUGUCUACUUUCUGCUGAAUAGUGACGUCACCAACACACCCUUUGGUGGAAGGUAGUACCUACUCUGACGUUGAGUAGUACGUACUCUGAGUUGAGUAUGGCGGGCUGUACUAUGGCCUGAGUAGAGUAUGGGCAGCCAUAGUAAACGCGACAGUAUCUUUAGUAGAGUAUGAGAAGCUAUACUAAAGUGAUAGUAUACUACAGUAUAGGAAGCCAUACUAAACUCAAAGAGUAUGUUUAGUAGAGUAUGAAAAGUCGUACUAAACCGCAAGAGUACCUUGAGUAGAGUAUCAAGAGCCGUACUAUAAAGUGAGUAUGAUCACAGAAUGUGGCGUCCUGCAGCAGCGGAGGUGGCGGUGCUGCUGUAGCUCGUAGACUUUGUAGUCUACCACAGAGGUUACACUGCUGUCACCGCUCUAUCACAGAGGUUGGUCUACACUGCUGUGAGAUCGGUAGGCCCGAGCGAGCUCUGGAAAGAGAAAUGUAGAUAGAUUUUCUUAUCAACUGACUCCCUGGUCAGGCUUUGAUGGGUGCUAGAUGAGAGUGAGCACAAGGGGCGAAGGCGCGCUUGUGUCUCAUCUCAACAACAAAAC